GCAGGUGGUGCGAGCAUGUCUGGCAGAGGCAAGGGCGGGAAGGGGCUCGGCAAGGGGGGCGCCAAGCGGCACCGCAAGGUGCUGCGCGACAACAUCCAGGGCAUCACCAAGCCGGCCAUCCGGCGCCUGGCGCGGCGCGGCGGCGUCAAGCGCAUCUCGGGGCUCAUCUACGAGGAGACGCGCGGCGUGCUCAAGGUGUUCCUGGAGAACGUGAUCCGCGACGCUGUCACCUACACCGAGCACGCCAAGCGCAAGACGGUCACGGCCAUGGACGUGGUCUACGCCCUCAAGCGCCAGGGACGCACCCUCUACGGCUUCGGCGGCUAAACUUGUCGUAGGUUAGGACUCGCUUUUACCAAACACAAAGGCUCUUUUCAGAGCCACCCAAGCUUUCAAGAGAAGGGCGUUAAUUACUGCUCAUAGACGU